AUGGGAAUAAAAACAGAUUUAUUUUCUUCAUAUCAACGUCAAUCAAAUAAUUCACCAUCAUGGAAUCAAAAAGCACCAUUAACAUGUAUGACAUGUGAAAAAGGACCAGGAACAACAUUUAUGGAUGGUUUUCGUAUAUCAACAAAAUUACUUGAACCUACUUGUAAUAUGUUACCUAUACAAUGUGGAUUAGACCAAGAUGUUUGUGCUACAAUUAUUAUGCAUAAAGAAGAUGGAACAUAUUGGAUGGGUACGGGUUGUGAAAGAUCACAUAAUUUUCAACAUGUUGAUAAUUGUGAAAAUGUUAGAACGUAUGUUCGUAGUGUUCGUCGUGGUAUGGUUUCAGAGUCUUCAGCAUUACAAACUAUUUGCAUAUGUAGUUCUGAACAAUGUAAUUCAACAUCAACGUCACAAAUAUCUUUUUAUUAUAAUCCAUCUUAUAUAGUAGUAAUAUUAUUAUCUAUAUUGUUAAUUCAAAAUAUUAUUUAG